UACGGACGCACGUGACUGAUCUAUUUUCAUCCGGCGACCAAAACUCCUCUCAAUAUCACAGUACCCACCGCUGAGGAGCCACCAGGCGACCAUUCCUCGUGUACAGGUGUGACGUGGCGAAAACGACGACACUCCUUUUGACGCGUCCAUUUUUGCACUGCACAGGCGCGCCUCGGGCAGGAAGACAUAAAGCCGUUGGGUACGUAUACGCACCGUGGUGAGGUGGCUAGAGUCGAGUCUGCACAGAGGAAACAGAGAGAGAGAGGGGAAGAGGAAUCGAACAGCCGCCAUGGGAGCGUUCGCGAGUCUUUUCAAGGGUCUCUUCGGGAAGAAGGAGAUGCGGAUCCUCAUGGUCGGGCUGGACGCCGCGGGGAAGACGACCAUUCUGUACAAACUGAAACUCGGGGAAAUUGUGACCACGAUCCCCACAAUCGGUUUUAACGUGGAGACAGUUGAGUACAAGAACAUAAGCUUCACUGUGUGGGAUGUUGGUGGGCAGGACAAGAUCAGGCCUCUCUGGAGACACUACUUUCAGAACACUCAAGGUCUGAUAUUUGUGGUGGACAGCAAUGACAGGGAACGUGUGGGAGAGGCCCGGGAAGAGAUGAAUCGGAUGCUCAACGAAGACGAACUCAGAGAUGCCGUUCUGCUCGUUUUUGCCAACAAACAGGAUCUUCCCAACGCAAUGAAUGCGGCCGAGAUCACAGACAAGCUCGGCCUUCACUCCCUCCGAAACCGGAAUUGGUACAUCCAGGCGACUUGUGCAACGAGCGGGGACGGCCUCUACGAGGGACUUGAUUGGCUCUCACAGCAGCUGAAGCAGCAGCAUAAGUAA